UCGAGACUCUCCACCACCUCCACGGUCGCCGGGCAGCUGGCGGGAGCCUGCCGGGCCGGCCGCCCGUUGAUGAGUUUGCCUCGGGAGCCUGGGCGGCCGUGAGCGGAAGGCGACAUGGGUCAGAAGGUCACCGGCGGGAUCAAGACCGUGGACAUGAGGGACCCCACGUACCGGCCCUUGAAGCAGGAGCUCCAGGGGCUGGACUACUGCAAGCCCACCCGCCUGGACCUGCUGCUGGACAUGCCCCCUGCGCCCUACGACGUCCAGCUGCGCCACUCCUGGAACAACAGCGACCGCUCGCUCAACGUCUUCGUCAAGGAGGACGACAAGCUCAUCUUCCACCGGCACCCGGUGGCCCAGAGCACGGACGCCAUCAGGGGCAAGGUCGGGUACACGCGUGGCCUGCACGUGUGGCAGAUCACGUGGGCCGUGAGGCAGCGGGGGACGCACGCGGUGGUGGGGGUGGCCACGGCGGACGCCCCCCUGCACUCGGUGGGGUACACCACCCUCGUGGGGAACAACCACGAGUCCUGGGGCUGGGACUUGGGCCGGAACCGACUCUACCACGACGGCAAAAACCAGCCCAGCAAAACCUACCCCGCCUUCCUGGAGCCGGACGAGACGUUCCUCGUCCCCGACUCCUUCCUCGUGGCCCUGGACAUGGACGACGGGACCCUGAGCUUCAUUGUGGACGGACAGUACAUGGGAGUGGCUUUCCGGGGACUCAAGGGCAAAAAGCUGUAUCCCGUAGUGAGCGCCGUCUGGGGCCACUGUGAGAUCCGCAUGCGCUACUUGAACGGGCUCGACCCCGAGCCCCUGCCGCUGAUGGACCUGUGUCGCCGCUCCGUGCGCCUGGCCCUGGGGAAGCAGCGUCUGGGCGAGAUCCACGCGCUGCCCCUGCCCGCCUCCCUCAAGGCCUACCUCCUGUACCAGUGACCCGGCCGCCGCGCCUCGACCGGGCCUCUCGUCCUCGCCACCCUCCACUGCCCUCGCCGGCCACGGACAUCUCUGGACGCAGGCUCCCGCCACGCCGCUCAGAGCCCCCGCUGGGAGACGGCACGUGGACGCUCAGUGGCCGUCUGCUCUCGGGGCGGCGGGGGGCACGCCCUGCCGAGCCCCGAGGCGCAGGGACCUAGAUUCGGGGUGCUAAGAGGUGCUAUCGGAGGGUGGGUGCCCAGGCCGGCGGGCUGUCCGCAGCCACGAAGCUCAGGACGUCGGGAACUCGCGGACAUGGAGGCAGAAACCCAAACCGGACCUUCUGCAGCACGGCGCACCUGCACCAGCCGUCACGCACCCGUACCCCUGUAUUUAUUCUUUUAACAAUAACAAAAGCCAUUUAUUUAUUCCAUUUAGAAAGGAACCCGGGGUCGCUCACCUACUCCCCUCUGCGCCUGGCCUCCCGGGCAGGGCAGGGCAGGGCGGCCCACCGCUGUCUUGUCCGGCCCUUGACCUCAGCUCCCCGGGGUCCUGCGCCUUGUUCCCAGGCCUCUGGCGCUCCGGCCUCGCGGCGGGCGGGACGGGCUCACCCAGGCAGCGGCCUGACGCCCAUGCCCGCUCCCCUGUCGGCCUGUGCGAGUGCCGUCGGUCGAGUCCCUUCUGCGCGGCUCUUGGCGAAGCUGAGCUUUUGCUGUCGCUUUCCUGGCUGAACUGGGAUUUCAGUGGCAUCCUGGAAGCUCUGACCUCCCAGAGGGCCCCUGGGCCAGGAGGCGGGGGCGAGUGGGCGCCGUUCUCGGAGAAGGCGGGCGCAGGACCUGGGGGCAGAGCUGAGGUCUGCCUGGGGAGUCAGUGCGGAUCCAGGUCCAGGCUGGAAGUGGAGCCAGGCCCCAGCCAGAAGCGGGGCGCGGGCGGGACAGCAGGGCAGAGGGCCGCUCCCUCCCGCAGGCCCGCGUAGCAGGCCCCGCGCCCAGCCCGCCAAAGCCAUUUCUUUCCUCUUGAAGCUGGCCGGCUUCAGUCCAUUUCUGUACAGGUACAAUAGAUGACUUUAUUUGUUUAAAAUGUUUAAUAUAUAGACAUAUAUAUUUGUCCGUAAGAAUGAUGUUUUAAACAGCUGCUGUCGGGUACCUUUAAAAGGAAAGUCUUCCAGGGGAGUACACAUUUUAAAGCACAAAACUGGUGCCCACACGGGGUGAGGAAUGUAAAUUACCCCCCUAUUACUUUGAGGCCUUUGUCGGGGAGCCUCACCUGAGACGCGCCUCGCUCUGCCCUGCCGGUCCCGCUCUGGCGGUGCUGCCCACGAGCGAGCGUCAGCGCACCCAUCCGCCUGCGGCCUGACCAAACUCGUCUUCCGCAGCCCCGCCCCCUCCCUCCAGCCCCCCUUCUCCCCUCUCGGCCCAGAGCCGUGUGGCCUGUACAGUUUUGAAACCCCCGUUCUAUUUUAUGAUGGUUGAAUAAUAGUCAGUAACCUAAUAAA